GACACUGCGGGUUAGUUCCGUGACAGUUUCACGCGAGGCUUGAGUGGGAGUUAUAAGUGUGUGACAGGCUCUGCACCCGGCUACAUUUUAUAACAAUGGAAUUUGCGCCUGUGCUGGAGAUUGAAGAUGAACCUAAGGAGCAAAUAUGGUACGCCUUGGGUCCCCAUGGUGAAGCCCCAACCUCUCGUGUGGGUCACACUUGUAUGUAUUUGCCGAGCUUUGGAGAUUCUGAAAAUGAUAAAGUUGUGAUUCUUGGAGGGGCAAAUCCCAGUGGCUGCUUUCCCGAAGCUCACAUCAUAGACCUUGAUGCGUAUGAGUGGGAUACACCGGAAUGGGAGGGUCUUUUACCUCGUUAUGAACAUGCCAGCUUCAUCAGUUCCUCAAACCUAGGAAGCAUCUGGGUCUUUGGUGGAGCCCAACAGUCAGAAAACAGAAACUGCGUUCAAGUAUUAAACCCAGGCAGCUGCUCAUGGAAAAGCCCUAAGGUUGAAGGCGCAGCCCCCUCUCCCAGGACCUUUCAUACCUCCUCAGCUGCCAUCAGAGAUAAACUUUAUGUAUUUGGUGGAGGAGACAAAAUGGCCAAACCAGUAACAGACCCCAGACUUCAUGUGUUCGAUGCAGCUUCCAUGACAUGGACACAGCCGGAGACCACAGGUGAACCCCCACAGCCCCGACAUGGACACAUUAUGGCGGCAGUAGGUACAAGGCUGUUUGUGCAUGGCGGAAUGGCAGAGGAAACAUUUUUCAGUGAUACUUUCUGCAUCGACACAAAUAUACUGAAGUGGGAGUGUCUACAAGUGAAGGGAGAUAUCCCCCCUGCCUGCGCUGCCCACGCUAAUGUGGUCUGGGAAAAGUACAUUUACAUCUUUGGUGGCAUGACGAGUAUGGGGGCUAUAGACAGUAUGUACAGAUACGAUACAGAUACACAGUGCUGGUCACAGAUGAAGUUCAACUCCCCUGGCCCCGCUGGGCGUUUAGACCAUUCCAUGUGUGUCAUUCCCUGGAAAAUACGGACAGAGCCUCCAAAACCAGAACUUUGUGAAGUCAAAUUCAGUGAGGACACUAAAAAGAGCUGUGCGGAUGAAAACCAAACAAAUGAAGAGCAGCAGGUCCACCUCUGCCUAAUAUUUGGUGGAAUGAAUACAGAGGGAGACCUGUUCAAUGACUGCUAUGUAACUAAACUGCAACAUUAAUAUAUUUUAAAGAUGAAUGGACUUAAAUUGUUUAUGCAACUAGCAAUAUAGGUUAAAAUAAAGUUACAAAUAAAUAA